GGUCAGAUGAAUGACCUUCAUAAAGAUCUAGAGGUUAAAAUUAUAUACCACACCUUGGAUACCGAAAAAAGAAAAAAAAAUUUACUCAGACACAAAACAAGUGCAAGUUUGUUGUGGUUUUAAGCUUGUCAAACAAUGCUGUGUGUUGAUGAUAAAAAGUCUCGUGGACAUGCACGUCAGCCAUCUGACACUCAAGCUUUUCGAGAAAGGACGAAAAGAGAUGCUGAAAGCGAAAUGCAGUUUGAACUAAAUCGUCUUGAAGCGACAGCUCCACCGCAUCUACGAGAGCGGAUUAAAUUGGAGUUUGAUGGAUUCCAAAAACUCUUUCAAAAGUUCCUUCAAGAUCAAGGACCUUCGGUUGUAUGGGAACAAAUUCAAAAAUUACCUGAAGGAGCGAUCAGAGAUUACGAUUCUCUGGUAGAGCCAAGCCAUGAAGAAAUUCGUAAUAUGUUAAAUAAAUUGAUAGUUGUAAAAUUAAAUGGAGGAUUGGGUACCAGUAUGGGAUGUCAUGGACCAAAAUCAUCAAUUACUGUCCGCAAUGAUCUCACUUUUCUGGAUCUUACCGUACAGCAAAUAGAGCAUUUGAAUCGAGAGUACAAUGUGCGGGUACCAUUAGUUUUAAUGAAUUCCUUUAAUACGGAUGAUGAAACCCAGAGAAUUAUCAGAAAAUACAAAGGGAUAGAUGUUAUCGUUAAAACUUUUAAUCAAAGCUGCUUCCCUCGCAUCAGUCGAGAGUCUCUACUGCCUAUAGCUAAAAAUUGUGAUGUCGACGAGGAAAUGGAAUCCUGGUAUCCUCCAGGACACGGUGACUUUUAUGAGAGCUUCCAUCGAUCAGGUUUACUUGACGAAUUCAUUGAAUCUGGUCGCGAAUAUUGUUUUAUUUCAAAUAUUGAUAACUUAGGAGCGACGGUAGAUAAUAAAAUAAUGAAAUUAGUUCUUGAGCCGACAAGUGGUCCACAUGAAUUUGUGAUGGAAGUUACUGAUAAAACACGAGCUGAUGUUAAAGGAGGUACUUUAAUUCAGUAUGAAAAUAAAUUACGUCUUCUGGAAAUAGCACAAGUACCAAAAGAACAUAUAGACGAAUUUAAAUCUGUUAAGACUUUUAAAUUUUUCAAUACCAAUAAUUUAUGGGCCAAAUUGAGCGCUAUUCGCCGGAUAUUGACUGAGAAAACACUGGACAUGGAGAUAAUUGUUAACCCAAAGGAAUUGGAAGGCGGGCUGAAUGUUAUACAGUUGGAAACUGCUGUGGGCGCGGCUAUGAAAUCAUUUGACGGAAGUAUAGGUAUCCAUGUGCCACGGAGAAGAUUUUUGCCCGUCAAAAAAACCUCCGACUUGUUGCUUGUCAAAAGUAAUUUAUAUGAUCUGCGCAACGGAUCAUUAUUGAUGAGUCCCAAGAGAAUGUUCCCUGUUACGCCACUUAUCAAAUUAGGGGACAAUCACUUUGCCAAAGUGGCUGAAUUUUUACGUCGAUUUGCUAGUAUUCCAGAUCUUCUGGAACUAGACCAUCUAACUGUAUCCGGAGACGUAACAUUUGGUCGCGGUGUUUCACUACGUGGUACAGUAAUUAUAAUUGCAAAUCACGGUGAACGUAUUGAUUUACCAUCAGGUACUAUACUAGAAAAUAAAAUAGUGUCAGGUAAUCUACGUAUAUUAGAUCAUUGAAAAUGUAAAGUAGUUUUAUUUAAAAGUUAUUGUAUAAUUAAUGUGUCAAUUAAUCUUAAAAACAAGAGCUUCUUUGUAGUUCAAUGUUAUUUGUUUUAAAUAUUUCUCACCUAUGUAACAAAAAAAAAAAUUCUCAUACUUUUUUUUUAGUCUUUUGACGAAAUUAUACAAAAAUAAACUUAUAUAAAUAAAUA